CAAAAACAUCUCUAUUAACUUUAAUUGAAGCUGAGCAACUGCAUCCCUGGACACAUGACGGAAACUAGACUGUAAUCAUGUACAAGGCAAAAGAAGCAGAGAUUAGUGAGGCUGUACAAAAGAGCUCACCUGACUAUGAUUAAUGGCGCUUUCAGACAUUCAAGUCAUAUGGUGGGGUUUGUGGUCACCCUAAGGGAAACAUGACACCUUCUUAAACCUGACAUCAUUUUGUCACCAACACACACUACAAUGUCCGUUCUUGUCCUUCUCUGGCAGGCAUAGUCUGUGAGGAAGACCCGUGUCUCGCACACAAAACAAUGGUAGGGGAAGUGAAGUCAUACAAGCCAGGAUUAGGCACAAAUAAUCCUUCUACGUCCAAAAAGUUUCCAGGGAUCAGCAACAGAGGAGAGCCAGUCCAGGCAAGGUAAAUCACAGUGUCUCAUUUUAGGUCAGGAAGUACAGGCUCUAUUGUUAUUUAUUUAUUUUCAACCAUUUAUAUACCGUUUAAUUAUAAUACCCUCUGAGUAGCGUACAGGAGGAACUGAAUGCAAUGAAACUGAAAGUGAGUUAAAACGAUAAAAACAGAAUUCAGUUAAAAUGCAUGCUGGUGUAAGAAAAAGUCUUCUGCAGAUGCUGGAUGUUCCAUAUGGAGGGGGCAUGUCUGGCCUCUGCUGGAAGGGUUUUGUAUAAAAUGGGGCCCACAAAACUAGGCUUGGCACCCAGUGUGGCAGAACCAGUCCCACUGCCCUAAAUCUGCCUCUGGUGGAGUUACGGUAGCUAUCAUAGCUAGUAGCCAUUGAUGGCAUUCUCCUCCAUGAAUUUGUCUAAUCCUCUUUCAAAGCCAUCCAAGUUGGUGACCUUCAUUGCCACCUGUGUGGGAAUUCCAUUAUGUUUUUCUGUCCUGAGAAUAUGCUUAUAUCCAUAUUAUUGAAAUAGUUGCUAUUUUUAAACAAUUGCAACUCCAAUUUGUUUCGUUUUUUAAGUACAGUAAUUGAUUUUCAUCCAUCCAGUUUGAGCAUAAAUAAUGUUCAUGCUCGCCCUUAUCUAAUCUUCUUGUAAUAUUUCUAUAUGAAGACUGGAAGUUAAUCAUCCACACACUCAGAGAUGAAAACGAUGUGAUGAUCUUCAGCAGUAAAACUUGCAGCUUCUGUAAGAAGGCAAUGCGUUUGCUUUCAUGCAAAGUAAUGCAGAAUUUGGUAGGCGAAGAGUAUGGAUGCUAAAUUAAAGUUACUGAAGAAUUGCAGAAGCUGAUGCUACUGGCUAUUUUAUUCAUUAACACAAAAUUGAAGAUACAAAAUCUGUAUCUCAUUUAUCUUACAUAGUUUUCCAGUUCUCAUCAUAUGCACCUAUUAUUUUUAAAUCAAGGAGAAAUUAGGCUAAUCACAAAUGUAUUAUGUCUAAAUUGUGCUGUUUGUCAAUUAAUCAACCUCUAAUUAGCAUAUAAUUAACAAUAACAUUGUUCAGGGAAGCGGUCUGUGAUAAGCUAGGAAAUCAGGAGCCAAGAGUUGCGCUAGGGGACCAGAGUAGAGGAACAAAGCCAGGAGUCAAAAACAAAGAGGAAAGUCAGGGCUAAAGGACGAAUUUGAAGACAGAUACAAGGGGAAAAUAAAAGUUAGGGCCUCAGGACAGAUGAGGAGGCAGGUGCAAGCAGCAAGACAAAACACAGGACUGGAGAACAAUCAAGGUUGCAGGAGCACCUCAAACUCAUAUAUUCCCUCCUUCCUUUGGAACUCCCAGUGUUCAUUUAGCUGCAAACCUUGGUUUCCUAUCUUGUCUAAGUGGUCAAACUAUGGUUUGCACUUGCCUGCAAACUGUAAUUCAGGAAACGGGCGUGUGCAUGCCCAAGAUUACCAUAAACAGCUCCAAGAGUUAUGUAUAGUCAGCUUCCGCUUUAUAUGAAGAGAACUGACCAUGGAGAGGAAAGGUAAUUUUGGACUGAAUAUAAUGAGGGCACUUCCAGGUUGGCCUUUCUGCUCUAGAAAUAUGAUGUAUGUCUUCUCCUGAACGCACACUCAAGCACACUACCUCUGCUCUUCAUUAUAGCUGCUAUUGGCAUUGUCAUUGACAGCACCAUAUGUUCUCUCUCUCUCUCUCUCUCUCCUGUGAGGAGGAAGAGCUUUCACUUUUAAGCUAACUAGAGUGCCAUGUGAUGGCCAAACUUGGAGAACUGUGAUUGUUGAGAACAAGCCAGGAUUAUUGAGAACAAGGCAGGAUCUCAAACCAUGGUUUGAUUAUAAUUUUGUUCCCAUUAACCAUGGUGUAUGCAAACCACAGUUCCCUGAAUUCUGUUGUCAAUAGGGAACUGUGUUUAGAUGAAAAGCGAAAACAGAUGCUUUUGAUCUCCCCAUGAGUACAAAAUAUGAGGAGUGUGCAAGGCAGGAAGUUGAGGCUUUUUGUGGCAACUUUCUCAAUGUGGGAAAGUAUAAUUUUCUGGACUGAACCUAUUUAUGCACCUCUUCUGCAUCUCACUGUCUUCAAAUACUAACCAUUCUCUGCCUGUCCUGAAUAUCUAGGUCAAAUAGCUGAAUCGAGUCAAGCUCUUUUCACUUUCCUAACUUCUAACGAUUCUUUAAGUCAAAAGACAAACUUCUGUGAACUGUUCGGCACUUCAGUCUUGUAUGAAAAAGGUGUAACAACCACUGGGGCACAGAGCAUAAAAGGGAGGUAGAUUCCACAAAAAGACAGCAAGAACAGGAAUUUAUCAGCAUAAUGAAAACAGUUACAGUGAAAACAGGAAGGUUUGGUCAUGCACUGCAGAGGGAAUGAAUGUAGAUGCAUGCAUAUAACAUUAUUAGACACUAGCUAUGAUAAUUAUAGGGCACUUUCUUUUUGCUUUGUCAUGCUGUAGCUGAGACUUUGGACAGUGCAAAAGGUGUGGCAGCUUAAAAGCUCCACGCAAAACUCUUGCAUUCUCCUAUCUACACCUGGUUGUAGGUUCAGGACAGCCAGGGAACCUUUAAAAUUAUUUUACUAUUAAUGUAAAAUCAAAUAGGGAAGUAUUUAAUAGUAAAAUAUUAAAGAGACAUAGGAAACCACAGCCCUUUAGGGCAGUUCUAAAAUCACUUUUCUUAAAGCACCCCUCCACUAUAAAAUAUCUGAACAUGCUCCCAUGUUAGAAACUGAUUGAGAAUCAGAUUUUCCUUCCUCUGCUUGCUAUAUUGUGUAGUGGUGAAAACGCGAUUGAAUUGCAACCUGCACAUUUUGUUGUCUUUCCUCCUUGUCUAGUACUUCCUGGCUCCUGUGUGUUUGAAUUCCACUCCCCCCACAAAAAACCUGAUAAUUAGUUUAAUAUUUCAAAAUGGGUAACUGCAGCUUAAUUUUUGCAUUUCCUGGUUUAGCUAAUGCACACAUUGGCACUGCUGAAAACAAGCACCGUUUGGCUUAAUAUACCCUCCACCUUAGCUAGGAGCCAGACUGGCACCAGUUUCUCCAUUAAUGGAAUGAGCAACCAAGGAGGCAUCUUAGGGCAGAGCAAGGCUGGGGAACCUGUGACCCUCCGGAUGUUGCUAAACAACCACUCCCAGCAUCCUUGACUGUUGGCCAUGCUGGCUGGGGCUGAUGGGAGUCUGGAGGACCGCAGGUUCACCCACCCCUGGUUUAGGGCUUUGCCUGUACGGAAAAUAAUAGUCACACCAGUGUUGCAAUAAUUAUUGUCCUGGAUUCUGAGCCCUAGGCUCUGUGCUGUCCAGGGAGACAGGGCAGAGGUUCUCUCUAGCCCAUCCACUGUCUCAGGAGAGAAGCAGGUGAGGAAGUGGGCAAGUUUUCUCAUGCAAAGAAGAUCUGGAGUUUCUCAGGGCUGAGGCAGACAGCCUGUUCUCAAAUCUUAAUUUCCAGAGUUCCAGGAUAAGGGCGGGAACAUAAGCAUGAAUGAAACACCUAGGCAAUUACUGGGUGAUUUGUAGUAUUACUGCAUUAUUUAGUAUAGCAUCCUGUCCUUGCCCAGAGGCAAAUUUUUACUCGCCGUUGGCAAGAAGGCAAGGAAUAAUUUGUAGGACUGCAAAGUUUAAUCAUUUGAUUCAUCACUCCACUGAACAGACAUACCUGAUUAAUCUGGCAACAGGGUGGCUGCUGUGUUGUAUGGUUCUUUUAAAUGUUACAUUAUUUUCAAUUUGUGCAUAUAAAAACUGCAGUUGGCAGGCACAUUGCAGAAGUGCAAGACAGAAUGCCCUUUCUAAGAUAGUUCCUGCUGAUGUAUCAAUACACCUAAGGACAAAGUGUGCUUUUCCUUCAAGGCUGUUGUAGUAGUCAUAUGCAAACUGCUGCUAACCAGUUCAUCAAUUAAAACUCAUGGGACUAAUCAAUUUAAGGUUAAUCAACUUUAACUGUCCUAGUUGAUUAAUCACAACAACUGUGAUGUUCUGGGAAACAGCCCAAAGCUCUGGUAAAACCCACUGCAAAGAUUCACAGGAAAAUUGGAGAUGAAAAGUCUGCCUUGCGGGGUUUAGCAGGGGAAUUGGCACAGUUCCAAUGUGUUUGACCUGUGCACUCACUGCCAGGCACCUAAUACAGCCCCCACAAAAUGGAAGUGCCCUGUCUCCAUCAACAGUGAAUGUAUCUUGACAAGAGACUUGAAUGUACAACUAUUGCAAAAAAUCAAUUUGUAGAACAACCACACCAAUAGAUCAGUUUAAAACGCCAAACCAUAAUUAUUUUCUAAGCUAACCCCCUACGGAGCAAUUUUGCUAAUUGUCAGCCAAGUUAUGCCUCCCCCAACAUUCACCUGAUACCUUAAUUUUCAUUUACAAGUCCGGUUACUCUUGUUUAUUUCUUUGCGAUACCCAAAGAAUCCAGAUCUUCAUCUUAUAUCAGCAUAUUUAGGGGUGCAGGGUAGAUUACGAAAGACUGCAUUUUCAUACUUAAGUAGUAGCUGCUUUUCUCUCACGGCAUUUUAAUAGGUUACACAACCAGUUGUCCGAAGCUCACAAGAUACUUGUUUCCCUCCCUCUUUGUUGGUCUUUUCCUCCUGUCUUAUGUUAAUCAGCCAGGAAGCCUAAAUGCUCAUUCCUAGGCAUGUCUACAAGAAGUAAUUCCCACAGUGACUUUUAGGCUGUGUAUGCACUGUACCUUUAAAGCACAUUCAAAGCACAUACUUUCCCUCAAGUAAUUCUGAGCACUGUAGUUUACCCACCAACACUGCCCCUGUCCUCAUUUGGGAUAUCACCUGAAGGCACAUACAAACAGAUACGUUUAUUCAAGGGUUGCUAGCUUCAGUUGUAGACAGGAUGGCUCUUUCAGACAUGCUGAAUGUACCCAGGGAUGUGGUGAGUGGUGAGGCAGGCGAAACGGACGACGACAGGGUUAGCAAGGGCAAGUGGCCACGAUUCAAUCCCACUCUCUGUGCACAUUCAGAGUCAUUGUUGGCAUCUGUCUGUCUCAAGAGACAAUGGAGUGUGCCUCCGGGGGCGAAGUCAAACCGCUAUGUUAGUGGUUUGAGUGACCAUCUAGGGGUGCAAGCCUGGGCAGUGUGUCUGGAGAUCAUGGCUGCCCAGAUGACAAGACCCUCCCCUUGACCUCGCUGGUGUGGUACAAAGGAAAGCAGAGCAAUAUGUUUGGCAUAUUGGCUGCAGGAGUUGCCAGGAGGAGGCGUACAAGGUGUUGGUAUCCAACUGUCUUAGGGACCCCACUCCAGAUUUGUGUAGGGUUUACACCUUAGCCAUUUCUUCUCCCAAAGAUGUUUUGCAAGGCAGCGGAGGUUUACGAUUAGAGUAUUCCAUCUCCUAGAUGGACUCCCUAUUCCAGGUUGACAAACCCCAUCUGCCCCUCACUUCUCUCUACAGCAUGUGCAGAAACCACCGGCUUGACCAUUGGACCCACUAUUGGUCUUGUCCACUCAAUCACAUGCAGGGGAAGCCCCUAACUCACCAAGGGUUUGGUACCCCACUAGCUACUCUCUAGCCAGCCAGUAAAAGCUGUUCCCGGGGUGUGGCUGCUGUUACAUGCUGACAACCUCUGAGAGUCACAGGUGAGAGCUGAGUACAGGGUGGGGACCAAAGGUGGACAAACUACCCCAGAAGGAGCACAAUGUGUCUCCUACCAAAGGUACGACCCCACCCCUAAAAUACCCCAUACACCUCAUACUACAGAGUCCUCAUACUGUGUUUCAGUUGCAGGUAAAAGGUAAGGUGAAGGACCCCUGGAUGGUUAAGUCCAGUCAAAGGUAGCUGUGGGGUGUAGCGCUCAUCUCGCUUUUCAGAGAGCUUCCCAAAAGUGAAAUGUGGCCUUCAAGAUGAAAAAGAUUCUCCAUCCCAGCUUUCGAUCUCUGCCAUGCUAUUGAACAAGUGUGUUUUUGCUUUGUCAUGCUGCCACUGGCUGCUAGCCCAGAACAAAAAGGGAGUGGCCCGUUAAAAAUAUCCACACAACGUCUUUGGUCUUGCCUGUGUCUAUGUGUGUCCUGUGAUUUCUGGGAGGUAGCAGAAAACGAAGUGUUCCUUUAAAAGCUUCUUUAAGACAAUGUUAUUGAAGGCAUUAAACUUGUUUAUAUAAGGUCUUAACUGGUUGAUCUGCCUGAAGUGUGGCACCCUUGUUCUGAUCACAGUUACUUGAAAACAAGUUCCUUUUAUCUCUGUGAAAUGUGAUCCAAAGUAUACGUAACUUGGAUUUAUAUGACGCCUGAGGCCUCAUAUAAGUGAUCCAAUAAUAGGCGUGGGAAGGGAAAAACAGCAGUGUUACUUUACCCCUUGUUCUUUAUGGGAAUUAUUCACCAGGGACCAGAGGAGAGACAUACAAUAGUAUCUGAAUUCUAGCACAAGUACUAAUCAAAAAGGUGCUGGUAUGUGGUGUUCCUGAUGGAUCCAUUCCACGAUCCUAGCUAGUAUUCCAAAAUACCCCAUGUACAGCUUUCAUACUUGUGCUUUAAAGACAGAAGAGACUUUGGAGAAAUAAAGAAUACACAUUUGCUUUGGCUUGUACUGUAUAUCAGUUUGUGUCCUGAGAUGUAAAUGAGCACAAAUCUGAUUCAAAAAAUGGCGGCAUUCAGGAACCAGUGGGAGAAUAUUUCAGUUUCCCAGAACACUGGUCUCCUGACCCAAGGGAGCCUUCAACAAAAUACUUUCAGAGGCUCCAGUGUGAGAUUGCGGAACUAUAUUUUAUCAGAAUGUUUUAUUCUAUUUGCUUAGGAUGCAAUCCAGACCAAGGUCCACUAAAGGUGCUAAAUUAGUAAUUAUUGCUAAUUACUCCUGCUGUGAUUAGCUGCUGUUCUUAUCUUGUGUAUAUUUGAGCUUUGUACACACAAUGUCACAGACUGCACAUUUCAGGUUCAAUCUUUCCCUCUAAACUCAGGCAUGCAUAUGAUAAAGUCACUCUGUCUGAUUGCCAGCUGAAGCUCACAUAUUUGAUGAAGUGGGCUUUCAGUCAAUGAAAAUGCAUACUACAAUAAAUCUGUUAAAGGUUCCAGCAGACUCUUUUUAUGUAAACUGUUUGGUAACUUUCAGCCUUUUUAAACACCAUCCCCAAUGCUAAUGCCUGUCGAAGCACUUAAAUCAGCAGAUGCCACCCUUUUGGAGCCAGUGGGCACAUAUGGAAUUUUGAAAACCAUAUAAUGGUAGAGUUGGAAGGGAUCUUGAGAAUCAUCUAGGUCCAACCCCCUGAAAUGCAGGAAUAUGCAGCUGUCCCAUACCGGGAUCGAACCUGCAAUAUUGGUGUUAUCAACACCACACUGUAAUCAAUUGAGCUAUCCAGGUAGGAUAGCAUGGGCACAAGUCACAAAAUGAAUACCACGUCUAAAGGCAGAAAAAGAAACAGGACCGCAACAUGCUACAGGCACCCUCUCCCAUCAGUGGAGGGAAAGGCACCUAUAUCAGGCACUGCUUUAUUCGCUGACAGAGAUAAGUCCUUUGCAUCUGCCCCUUGCUCAGAAUGGAAUGGAAAGUGGAUGUCCGAUCCUUGCAUUCAAUAAUAUGUGAACAUCUUUAAGGAAGUGUCUGCAGUGUAGGAGAACUUGAGCCAGGGCGAACAGGAACUAAGCAGAAAGAGCAAGCAGUCUCGCUGAACGCAAUAGAAUAAUUGAAUCUUAAGAGUUGGAAGGGACCCCGCAGGGUCAUCUAGUCCAACCCCCUUGCAAUGCACGAAUCUCAACUAAAGCAUCCAUGGCAGAUGGCCAUCCAACCUCUGUUUAAAAACCUCCAAGGAAGGAGAAUCCACCACCUCUCGCGGAAGUCUGUUCCACAGCGGAACAGCUGUCAGAAAGUCUGCCCCCCCCCAAUGUUUAGUCGGAAUUUCCUUUCUUGCAACUUGAAGCCAUUGGGUCUUGCUGCCGAGGAGCCACGUGUUACUACUAACCCCCCCCCCAAAGGAGCGUAGCGAAUUCGGUCCGGUUCGAUCCGUGGCACGUAAUGAGGAGGAAGGAGGAAGAAGCCUGGGGGGGCGGAGAGUCACAAAAAAAGCAAGUCAUGCUUACUUUGCCUUUGACUCAGCGCAGAGCUUCAAGGAACUUGGCGAGACGCGGCGCUGGGGAGGCGGGAGGCCACGCCCCCCCAAAUCCCCGGGCUCGAAGCGUCAUAAAAGGCGUUCCUCGCGCACGCGGCGUGCUUCUCCUUUCUUCCCCUUUGCAGAAGAUGCGCCGCUGCUGAGAGUCGCGGUCCUGGAAGUCGCCAUGGAGCCGUCGGUGCCGGUCGUCUUCGUCCGACAGAACCAGAUCGGAGGCCAAGACAAGACUGGGAAGGUAGGAAACGGCUGGAAACGAAACAAAGCUUUCACCAGCGUCCUUAAACGCCCGUUUAAAGCAGUGCUCUAACCCUCCCCUCCCCAGGAGUUAAAGGCCCAUUGAAAUCCGUGGGGCUUGUUGGUGAGUAAACUUGCAUGGGAUCGUGCACUGAACUUGGCGGGCGGGAAGCUUGCUUCUGAGUAAACGUGCAUGGGAUUGCGCUGUAAGUCUUGGUUUCCCUCCCCCACAAAGAAGGGAAAGCCUCAAGCACCGCUUGCUUCCUUCAGUGAAUGCGUGUCGUAUUCCUGUGUUUUGGUCUUAGGUUUUCUCGCGGGCACUUCGAAGCAUAUGGGGCGGGAAAGGGGGAAGAGUGAAAUCUUCCGAUAACACUUAUUUUUAAAAAAGCAGCGUGGCUUUGAAAGGGAGGCGUCAUGAUCGAAUAGUAGUGCAUUGGAAUGCCCCCCCCCCGUGCUGUAGUUUAAAUUUAAUAUCCCUCUAAGUCCAGGCAUAGGCAAACUCGGCUCUCCAUAUGUUUUUGGGACUACAACUCCCAUCAUCCCUGACCACUGGUCUUCUUAGCUAGGGAUGAUGGGAUUUGUAGUCCCAAAAACAUCCGGAGGGCCAAGUGUGCCUAUGGCAGCUCUAGUCUGUGUGGUGUAACAGAGUAGCGAAUUGGAUGAGGACCUGGGCAGCCAUGAAGCUCAUUGGGUGAUCUGCUGGAGCCAGGCAUUAUUUCCCACGGUUGUUUUGAGGAUAAAACGGGGAGGGAGGAACCAUUCAUACCACUUUAAACUCCCUGGAGGAAAGGUGGGAUAUAAAUUGCAGGAAAUGGCCGAAGUACAGAGAUCUGGCCAGGGAGUAGAUAGAUCUGUGCAGCAGAGAGCACAGUUGGCAGUAAGUUCAUUCCUGACUUGCCUUGAGGUCAAGGGUAGGAGCAUUUUCAUCCAAGUCUUUAGGCCUGUUCAGGGUGAACGCUUGAGGGCUUAGAGUGGAGAAGGGUGUGCAGGUAAGCCGGGCCCUCGGAGUUCCUGUUAACAAGAGACAGUUUCUAGAAAAUAAUGUUUUGACUUUAUUGCAUAUGCGUACACAAAGGAACAUAGCUAUCGGCCACCAGCAACACAUUGCAGACUGUGGACAAACACCUUUGUUUCUUUUUUUAGGGUGAUUAUGACUACAAUUGUGUUACAUCUCAUGUAUUAAUAUGUUCCUCUAGGGGUGGGUGGGAGGGAAGUUAAUCUGUUCCUGUUCUGUAUAAUAUCUGCAAAUGACAAAUAACCGGGUGUUUGUUUGUUUUUAAGUUUCUGUUAAGGCCAGUUUUGCUUCAAACCUGCCUAUAUUCAGCAGAAAGAUCUGAAGGGGAAUUCUGAGGCGACUCAGGCAACUGUGCUAGACUUCUUCCUGCGAUCGGAAGUAUUUGCGUUCCAUGAGAUUACAGAUCACUGAAUGAUAAUUACCAUAUUUCCUAUGCUUUGAACCCACGCUUUCCCCAAAGAAAUUGAAGCACCAUUUUGGUUUCACAAUAACCUUGUGGGGUGAAUCAGGCUGAGAGAUGGUGAUGCUCACUGAGCUUCAUAGCUGAUUAGAAAUCUGAAUCUAGAUUUCUACAUAUGUUGCUGGCCUAUAACUGAUGGGAAUUUGAGUCCUAAAUUAGAUUGAGGGCCUCAGGCUGCUCACCCCUGUGACUUGCUUCUGCGCUGAAAGCUGUGAGUUCAAAAGUCAUAGGUUAAAAGCAUUCAGAAAGAAGCGUCAUAUUCCAUUUGUGCCCACCACUCACCCAAAGAGUCAACAGUGUCGGUUUAUUAAUGUUAUCAGUGUUCAGAAUUUCCAAGCAACAAGUGCUACAGGUGCCUUACAAGUAACAGGAGAGCACACACAAUUUAUUUUGCAAUAAACACGUUUUAAAGUCACUUGAAAAUUAUGCAAGGCAGCCCAUAUAAAAAGCAGUCCUUUUCACAGCAGUUUACUCAUAGGUAUUUUGAAAAUAGAGGUUUUGUGUUGUGUCCCGAAACAAACGAACAAAAACACAAAUCAAGUUUGGUCUGGAGCAAAUGGUGCACCUCAGAGUAGGAGCUUCAACAGAAAAGGCCCUGCCAUAUCCUCCCACAUACUUCCCUUCUGACUUGAAAAGUAUGAUGAUCAAAGCACGAGGGCAAGCAUUGUGAUCUUGUCCCAUUUCCUGUUCCUGGUGUUUGCAGUCCUGUAGUGUAGUGUUCACUUAGGAGUACAGGAAGUGAUCUGGGGAAAGGGUUUCCUUUGGGACCUUCCCGCAUGCUUCACUGGAAAUCAUAUGUGAAGACUUUCCAGUUCAUGCUGGUCCUGUGAUAAGCUGCUAGGUGAUCAGAAAUAGGACUUGUUUAAUCUGUGGUGCCCCAGUUAUUGGGAUUCCUUCCCCAAAAGAAGCAGGCUUGUGGUUGGUUUUUAGAUGCCAGUGCCAGGCAAUUAGACGCCAGGCAAACUCUUAGUCUCCCUGUCUUUUUAACUAUACACACCCGUUUUUUCUUGUGUAGCUCAGCUGUUGCCUUUCAGUGCUUCUCGUAUUUCCAUUUGUCUUAUUAUAUUUGUAUUGUUGCUUCUAAGUAUAUGAAGAACCUUUCUGUUUCCUUGGUGUUUUCUGACGGUUAAUAUCAACAGCCAGAAAAUACCAAGGGAACACAAAAAGCUCCUUUAUAUGGAAUUGUGGAGGGUUUCCUUCCCAUUCCGGUUGCUGUAGUUGUUGAAAUGUUGUGUGCUACUCCAGAGUGGUAUUUUUGUUUUGCAGGUAUAAUCUGUGACAUGUCACGGACACAAUAAUAGUGCAUUAGUGGUGGACUUACACUGGGCUGCCCAUACAUCAUUCUGGUUUUUUUUAAGAUGCUUCCCCAGUACAUUGGGGAAGCACACAGUUAAACUAUGGAAUUCAUUCCCACUAGAGGCAGUGAUGGUCACCAACUUGGAUGGCUUCUGAAGAGGAUUAGACAAAGGCUAUCAGUGACUACAAUCCACAAUGGAUGUACUUUGCCUUCAUGGUCUGAGGCAGUAUGUUUCUGAAUACCAGGUGCUGGGCAUCACAGGUGGGCAGAGUGCUUUCAGGCUUCCCACAAGCAUCUGAUUGGCCACAGUGAGAACAGGACGCUGGACUAAGGUGGGCCACUGGCCUGAUCCUGCUGGCUCUUCUUAUGUUCUCAUGCAUUGCCAUCUGGGAGGGCGAAGGUGGGACAAUACUGGGACAUUUGUGGCAUAAAAAGUUGCAGUAUUUCAGUAGGAGGCUUCGGGAAAUGAAGUUUUGUGUCAGGGACUGGUUGGAUGCAGAGGAAUGAUGGAAGGAACCAGCUGGGGAAUCGCCAAGGGAAGAAGGCUUGGAGCCCAGGGACUGGUGGUGGGACCUCAAUUGAGUGGUCAGAGGGAGAAGACUGGGAAGAGGUGGUGCUGGAAGCUGAAGAGGUAGCAGGGCUUAGUGAGCUGGGAGAGUCUGUGGCAGAGAGAAGUCCAGAAUAAGAGGCAGAAGCUGAAGCAGGCGAGUGGGAUUUUCAUGGAGGAAGAACUCUGAGAAUGAGCUGCUCUGCUGAUUAGGCCUGUGGAAAUUGUCUUCUUGCUAAUGAAGAGUUAACUCCAUCUUUGAGCUGUGUGAUUACUGACCAGUAGGCCCAUUUAUAAGCCUAAGUUAAUCAUGUUUAAUUACUUCAAAGGGUCUACUCUGAGUUGUACUGGCAUUGGAUACAACCCUAUCUCUCCCCUUGCCCCCCAAAAUAAAACCUUUUGCAGGUGCAAACAGUAUUGAGAGCACAAAUCUCAUGGCUGCCCAAUUUAAAGGAUAUCUGGAGGGGAUCUCUGGACAUUUUUAACAGCUGCUUUUCAUGCUUUUAUGCAUUUUAUGAAGCGCUUUUAGAUGCAUACAUAAUAAAUGGAAACCAGUAUAUAUAUGUAUUUCUAAUUAAUAAAUAAAUACCUUGUUAAGAAGAGUGGAAUAAAUAAAUCGGAAUGCUCUCAUUUCCAAAAGUCAAGGCCCUCUGGAACUGCUCUAAUUUGACUUAUAUCUGCUCUUGAGAUCCUCUUGUACCACCGAGGUCAGUGGUAGCAGAAACGUUUUAUCCAGAGGCGGGAGAGUUCUGCUACUGGUGAAGUUUAGGCCUUGUGAAUUUUUGAUGCAAUGACUUUAACCGGAGUGGAGAGAUAGGGAAUGUGUUUUGUCAACCCCAGCUGUCAAAAUGCAUUUGUGAAAUUUAGAUAAUCAUUACCGGAGGAUAAUGGCUGCUAAUCAUAGUUUACCGGUCCAAUUCUUCUGGGCUGUGGCACGGUAUGAUUUGAUUUUUAUCUGUAUUUCUGGAGCAUACGCCGAAACUGGUGUAGAGGAAAUGCAUGCAUACAAAAGGGUAGGCUUUUGAUUGGUUCUUCUAGGGUGUAGUUAUGCAAAUCGUUAUUUGCAGCUGAACAGAGCUGUGCCUUUUCAGUUGACCAGUGGGGCUGCAUCUCACAUAAUGAUGGCUGCUUCUGCAACAAGCAGCUUGGUGCCUUGCCAAACCCUGCCCAUCCUUUCCAGGAAAGCUGAUUGGGCUUUUUUAUGUGCAUGCCAAAGAGAUGGGUUCAGGGUUGCAGUAGGUACAUUUGUCUCUGUGCCUUGUGUCUACAGCUAUCAACCUGUGAGUGAAAGAGAGUUUCAUGCAAAUAUGAUCCCCAUGCCAGUGAACAGGCAAUUCAGGUUUGUUAAUUAUUUGGCGGCAUGGAUAUUUAUGAGAAGCGUAGCAUUGGCUAUAGAGACAGUGGGGCAGCAAAACUGCUAUUUAAACAGGGUGACUUUAACAUUUUACAGGUUCUCUUUAUAGUUUUGCAGGAGGAAGUUCUAAAAUGAAAUUAAGGCCUAACUAGAUGUGAGUUGCAGUCUUUCCCUGUGACUUUAUUUACUUAUUUACUUAAGCAAAAGUAGCCAAGGGAGGUUAUAAAAGGGGGUGGGGAGAUGGGGCAAAUUCAAUCCUUUCCUCUACUUCUGCCCCACCAUGGGGGGGAGAUUGAUGUAAAGUUGUUAUUGCACUUCUCAUCACAACUGUGGGUGCUCCUAACUUUAGUAAAGCAAAGAUUCCGAUCAGAUCGUAAUAUCUAAAUAUCUUUACCUUGUAGUGAACUGGGAUUUCCUCCAAUAUAUUUUCAGUUUCUAGCAGGAUUCCAAGCAAAAGGUGGACACCCCUUUUCCAGGAUGUUUCCAUUCACUUGGCUAUGGACUCUCACUAUUCAUUUCAUAGAUUUCUAGGAUUAGAGCAGGAUAGAAGAUAAUCAAACCAGCCAGCUGCCCUACGGCCAAAUCAUCCAUUGCUCAGCAACACCAGCCCCAAGUAACACACACAGCAAAUUGUGGAAAGCAGAGAGUAGGAACAAGCUAUUAAAUUUUACAAAAGGGGAUGGCAGGUGUACCUAGUCAUCCACAAUACAGGCAACAAAUUUCCUGCAGGAGAAUUUUGAUUCCAAAUUUGAUAAUUCAGACAAUGGGUGCCUCUUUUCUUACAAUCUCUGCAGUUGCUAGUACAUGAUGGGGGAGGAGUUGGGGGGCAAGGUAGUCAGUGAUGUUUAAAGCGCCACUCCUGGAUAUAGUCAUGGUUUUAACAUUUGUAGCUUGGACGAUUUGUUGUUGUUACUUUUGUAGGCCUCGUAAUCACCACAGCAGUGUUAUCAGCUAGGACAAACAGCCGCAGUGGCUUAAGGAAAGAGAUUGGGUUUAUAUAACUAACAAUCACUACUGAGGUUUUUUCUCUUUCCAUAUUAGCAUCCCAAGUCUGUGAUAACUCAGAUUCUGGUCAUCCCCUGUGAAUGGUUCAGUAUGGUACAGUAGGCAAUUGGCUCUGCUUGGUGGACCUCAAGAUGCUAGUAAAAAACAAAGUGGUCCACACCUGGUGUAGAUAACACUGAGCUGGAUGGUUCAAUGGUCUGUUUUGGUAUAAGGCAGCUUGCAUUGUGUUGCUAAACACCACCAAUGCACCUUAUUCUCCCCAUAUGAUUCCCCCCCUUGCCAUAAUCAUUUUUCCCUGUCAUUUGAUUCAUAAUACCAAGCUAUUCUGGGCAUAUUUUAAUGGACACAUUUAUUUUUCUCUUGUUUAGGCACACCAUGAAAGAACACUGAAAAAGCUUCUGGAUGUGAAUGGACAAGCACUGGUACCUUCUUAUGACUACGACCUGAUAGUUAUUGGAGGGGGCUCAGGUGGACUUGCAGCUUCCAAGGUAUGAUAAGUAGAAGUGUGGUCAUGAAAGCAAUCUAGCCAACCAGAGCUUGGUCCUAGUCCAAGAAUGGAUCCACUCUGUCUAAGCUGUAGGAGUGAGAUCCCAGUGUCAGAAAAAGAUUUUGCAAUCCAUUCUGUCCAUAUGCAAAAUGGCUUUGUGCAGAUACGCUUCUCUGUGCAGACUCUAACAUUAGUGUUGCAAAAGGAUUGAUGACAAAUCCAGCUCCUUCCUCCUCUAGAGGCUUUUUGGAUUUGCAAGGCAAAUUCUAGCCUGGGAACACCACUGAUCUGUUUUAGAUCCACCUUCUGGAAUGGACCUGGAACCCCCUUUUUCUGGAAACAUUUCUACUCUGACUAAAGACCAGGUUUUCCACCUGGAGUCCACCCAUUCUAUAUUGUUGCUCUUGAUAAUUGGGUAGAGACUGUAUCCCAGAAUGGUGUAACAGUCAGUCCCUCUUCCCAGGGAAUUCUGGGAAUUGUACCUCUGUGAGGGGAAUAAGGCUCUCCUAACAACUCUUGGCACCCAUAACAAACUACAAUUUCCAGUAGUCUUUGGAGGAAGCCAUGACUGUUUAAAGUGGUAUGAUACUGCUUUAAAUGUAUAGUGCAGAUGGGGCCUCUAUCUCCUUCCUCUUUUCUCUUCUUUGCUUCCUUUGAUCAUCAUCCCCAGGAAUAAUUAGACGGUGUUUAUGCAUCUUGGUCCUCCAAGAAGAUGCUCCUGCCAUUCUAGAGCUCUGAUAUACCUGGUGUGGUCAAUGGCUUAAAAAACAGGCUGGUGAUUAAUUACACUGAAGUGUGAGUGCCUUAUUUAAAUUGUCGGGCUUUGCUCCUUUUGCAGACAAAUGAUGGUUCUGCAGUACAAGUAUGUAAUGUACUGAUGAGUAGUGCCUGCCAUCUAUAAUAGGCUAUGCUUAAUCACCAGCUUGAGCACUAGAGUUCUUGAUGCAAGCCUAAUGAAUUUGGGAAAAGGAGAAGACAACAGCGGACAAGAAAAGGCCGCCGAUUUAGGGAGAAAGCAAGCAAAUGUUUCAUACCCAUGUCAGCAAAGUAGUUAGUAUGCUUUUUCUAGUUCCUACUGUGAGUUGAAUGAUAAAGCUGUAUCACUAGAGAGAGAAUUAUAGGAAUGUGAGAAUCUGCCUGAUAUUGACCAUCUAGCUUUACAUUUUCUACGUCUGGCAGUAGGAUUUCAGACAUGAGUCUUUUCCCAGAAUCACAGAUGACGGAUUAAAACUGGCAACACUCAGGGAGGAAAGAAGUGGGAGAGCAUUUCAGUGUCCCUGAACGCUCUGUACCACAUUUGAAGGCUUUCAAACUUGGGGAAGCUUCCUAAUGAAGUUGAGUUAGAAUUCAUUUGCAGCUUUGACAGUAUCAGUCAGAGUUGGUUGGGAUCAGUUUGGCUUUUGCAGGCCUGGGCCAGCUCACUUACAGAAAGCAAUUGUCUCCCUUUUGGUGUUUAUAUUUUAUCAAUUGGUUAUCGGUAGGGAGUGGGUGUCACACACCCUUUCUGAUCAGAUCUUCUAUUAUUCGGAUCUUGCAUUUGCGUUCUGUACAGUGAAACGGCAACACCCUUCUGUUGCAGUAGGGAGCCUCCUGACUUCACUUUGUAGUAGCAUUCCCCUGUGCUUGCCGCCGCUUCCUGCUGAGCCGGUGUGGUGUAAUGGUUAAGAGCAGUGGACUCGUAAUCUGGUGAAUCGGGUUUGCUUCCCUGCUCCUUCACUUGCAGCUGCUGGGUGACCUUGGGCCAGUCACACUUCUUUGAAGUCUCUCAGCCCCACUCACCUCACAGAGUGUUUGUUGUGGGAGAGGAAGGGAAAGGAGAAUGUUAGCCACUUUGAGACUCCUUAGGGGGAGUGAAAGGCGGGAUAUCAAGUCCAAACUCCUCCUCUUCUAGUUCUUCUUCUUCUGUGCACAACUGAGCAUAAUCCUUCAUGCACCUGACAAAGCAGUGCUCUGUCUCGGAAGAGUUUAUGCUACAAUAAAUUUGUUAGUGCUGCGGCAACUCAAAUGGCCACCCUUUUGGCAUUUGGAACCCCUGACACACCCCAGCCUCUUUUCAGCAGGGGAUCCCACCCCCCUGGCGUUUGGCUGCAGCAGCCAUGACUGGGAGAUGAGUUGUGCUGGCUCUAGAUGCAAAGGCCCAUGUGGUGGGCCUGCUCCUGCGUCUGGGUGCCUCCUGCUGGGCUUAUGUGGUGGUGGUCAGUGGCAGCAGCAGUGCUGCUGUCUGUACCAACUUGAUGAGAGCCACCCGCCAUCUUAGUUUCCCACAAUUCUCUGAGCAGGGCUAUGUUGGGGCCAUAUCAGAAGAAUAAAAUGGCCAACAGUUGACAUCCCCUGUGGUAAGUGACUUGGCUGCCCAGGGGAGACAGUGGUAGUGGACCCUGCCAUGGAGCUGGUGUCCUGGUAGCUGCUCAUGAAUGCUGGUGGGUGUUAGAUUUGCCACUUCGAUACACCCAGCCAGAAUUGGAAGUUCAAAGCCAAAAUACACCUUGUACUGUUGAUACUUUUUUAAAAAGCAUGUUUUUUAAAAAGCAUGUUAGCCGCUUUGCUUUUUCUUCAAACUAAAGCUGUGGGAACCUGGCAAUGAAGGUGUUCAGUCUGCAUUGGUGCCUAGGGCCAGUUUUCUGUCCCAGAAUCCUGCCCCGCACAACUAUUUCCCCUUUUAGGCACAAAUUGUACUCCAGGGAGGGGUGGUGUUGAGGGUUCAUUGAGCAACUGUUUCCCAAUCCAGGAACACAUUCUAGAUCAGAGCCCAGGAGCCAGCUAAAGCAUGCUUUAAGAAAAGUGUGAAUAAUGUAACAUGUGAUUUGGCCCAUACUCAGUUCUGCGGUGCAGCCAGGGUCUGGGGACUCAUCCUUGCGUUUAGUGUAUUCACCCAUAAUGAUCUGCUUUGGAAUGCUUAAGAUGCAGGCCAUGGCUGGGGGCGAAGGCCGGGUUCACAUGCCAGCAACACUUGACAAACGCAUCACUUCUUGCAUGGCAAUAAAGCUAAUUUUAGGAAGGAUCAUAAUUUAAAAUGCCCUGUGAUCCAGAAGUCUUGAGGGCCAUCCACGUAAUGGGAUCCAACCCAUCAUUUGACCGAGUUGUGGGAAUUUGAGCAGCCAAAUUAUCUUUCAGCAUUUAAUUAAAGUUUGUGUUGUUACAUUCACCCUUCCCUUCCUCCUUUUGCGCCUGUGGCAUUCAGCUAAGUGGUGUUUUUCUCAUGACUGUAGUAAUUGUCGUGAAAAAUCCAAUCUUGCCUUUCCGUCAUGAAAGAUGGCAGGAUUGAAGGAAGUUGUCCUAGAAAGCCCCUCCCAAGAAUGUGCUAAAAGACUUCAGGCAAAUUCAAAAUGUGUUGGACCAUUUGUUUUUUCCGGUUAUAACAGGACGUUUGAUUGCCACAUCAAUUUGUAACCCACUUGGGAAGAAAGAUUGCUCUUUGUGAACACUAGAUAUUGAUCCCCCAAAUUCAUAAUAAAGCAGUUAUUUUUAUUUUUUUUACAACUUGGCCACCAUUACUUAGAGUGCAGAUUUUCAGCUGUGGUUGUUUUUUUGUUUGAUUUCCAGGAAGCUGCCAAACUUGGCAAGAAGGUCUUAGUUCUGGAUUUUGUUGUCCCUACUCCUUUGGGAACAAGAUGGGGUAAGUAAAUGGUUCUCAGCCUUCACUACUUUAGGGAAACUCGUGUGGCAUAGUUCUUGGAGUGUUUGACUAGGACCUGGGAGACCAGGGUUCAAAUCCCCACUCAGCCCUGAAGCUCACUGUGUGACCUUGAGCAAGUCACCUACCUCACAGGGUGGUUGUGAGCAUAAAAUAAGGGAAGGGGAUAAGUGUGUACGCCACCUUGGAGGAAAGAUGGUAUAGGACUCUAAUAACAGUGAUAAUUACUAUUGUAUUAUUAUAAAGACAUCCAUUCAAAGCUGGCAUUUUCUUCCAAUCUUGGACACCCUAGUACAUGUUGCAUUGUUUCUCCCCUGUCCUAACCCUUGAAUAUGAUUGCCUAGAGAAGCAAGGCACAUAACAUAUAAAGUACUACUUCGUACAGUGCACAAGUCAGCUUUUCGCCCUUCAAUAUAUAUUAAUAUAUGGUUAAUAUAUAUGGUUGCCCUUUGUAGCUAUUUGCUGAUUUGAUAUUUUGAUGGCUAAAGACUGAAAUAGAAAUGUUUAGUUUUGGCAGCAGUACCAUUUUUACUGCUGAGAUUCUACCCAGGGAAGACAAAUGCCUUGCAGGACCCAUCUUACUAAAAUAAAAUAAAAAAUCAAUGCAUAGGAUCACAGUUUCCCUGCAGCUAGCAUGCUCACUUGGGGAAGUGACAUUUGGAUCUUGUUGCAGCAGCUACAGAGUCCUUUGCCUUCCAUUUUCUUUGUCUGAAAAUGAUGAGGACGCUUCAUCCGCUGCCUAGUGCAGCCCUGCCUUUUGUGGAAUGAAUGUUGGAAGUUGCCUUAUACUGAGUUAGACCAUUGGUCCAGUUAGGUCAGCCUUGUCUACACUGACAGGCAGUGGCUCUCCAGGCUUUCAGGAUUGAACCUGGCAACCUUCUCCAUGCAAAGCAGACGAUCUCCUCAUGAGACAUGUCUCUUUCCUAUCUUGCUGGAGUUUCGGGGCAACAGGGAUCAUCCAUGUAUUUCCCUUCAGCCAGAGUGUCCUUGGCUGCUGAGUCUGAAGGGUGAGGGAAGACAAAAUUGGGCCCAGUUUUCCCCUGAAAAAUUGGGCGGCCUUGUUGCACCAGUCACAUAGGCUUCAAACUGCUUUGCUUGUCCCUGGCUUCCAUAUCUGCCUCCCCGCCACCCCCGAUAUAUACACUGCAGAAAUAAAAGUCCAGAUCAAUAAUGUUUUUCCAGUUGCCCUGGGGAAGGCAGGACUCUGAUUGCUGUUACAGAGGAAGGACUGGAUGCUCUGACAGAAUGGGCCAACUUCCCUGUUUAAAGGCCUUCAAGAAGCAGUCUGACUACAGCCAAUGACCUACGGACCAAUAGUUAUACAGCUGGUCAAUUUGAAUGCCAUACUGGAUGACUGGGUGGUCCUGUCAUAAUGAGUUGCCGUAUGAAGCUCAUCAGGUUGCCUUUCUUUUGCAGGUCUCGGAGGAACCUGUGUCAAUGUAGGAUGCAUUCCAAAGAAGCUGAUGCACCAGACGGCUUUGCUUGGGCAAGCCAUAAAGGAUGCACCCAAGUUUGGGUGGCAGCUGGAUGACAAAGGUAUAGACAGAGAAUCCCAUGUUGUCUGUUGGGUGUGUAAUCUGUGCUGCUCUUAGGAAGUUUAACCUGAGUGGAGGGUGUAGAGAGACCAUUGGUGGGGAACAGGAGUCAAAGGGAUGGAGGUCUUCUUUGUACAAACAAACACACACACACACUCCGAAAUUUAUACACUGUUUGGGCAUUCCCAGAUAGCCUUCCCCCAACCUGGUGCCUUACAGAUUUAUUUUUUAUAAAUACUGUACUACAAUUCUCUCAAUCCCUGGCCAUAAGCCACAUUCACUGUGGCUGAAAGGUGCUGUAGUUAAAACUAGGUUGAGGAAGGCUGUUCUAGGAGUUUUUAUUGUGUUUACAUAUUUUAUCUGCCUAAAAGCUGGAGACACCAAGUGGAGUAUCAGAAGACUGAUCAGAUGUUCAUAUUAGCAGUGAUAAUAGCAAAGCAAACGUGAGUUCUGCGUGUAUAAGACCUUCCUUUCUAAAGGAUAAUUUCAGAGCAUUAUGCAGCAGCACCUGCAAAAUACGCUGGACCACACUCACCCACAUUGUUAAUCCGUGCAGUGUCGGCAAAACUCCACAAACCUUGGGGAAUUGAAUUAAUUAUAAAUAGGAGAGACACAGCCGUGCAUCAGGUGUGUCUGUUAUUGCAUAGCAUGCUAAUGGAAAAUGAAAGCCUUGGGAAGCUGAGGACUGAACUGUCAUCUAACUUUUGUUUUGUUUUGUUUUUAAAUCCUCAGCCAUAAAUCACAGCUGGGAUACCAUGACUGAAGCAGUUCAGAAUUAUAUUGGCUCUCUGAACUGGGGCUACAGGGUUUCUCUCCGGGAGAAUAAAGUCACAUACGAAAACGCUUAUGGAGAGUUUGUCGGGCCGCACAAAAUUAAGGUAAUGGAAAUGGCCGCCUUUAUCCUUCUUUUCCUGGGGAAGGUUGGGUGGUCUGCUUCAAAUGAAGAAAUCCCGCUAGAUCUGGCUGCUAGCCCAGAGCAUUUGGCAUCCAGCAACAUCCUCCUCUGGCUUCAUGGAAUGAGAGCUCACAGCCACAGGCUUUUACAGCUAAAAAUUGCUGGCAUUUUUAUUUACAGGCAACAAAUAACAAAGGAGUGCAGAAGUUUUACACAGCAGAAAGAUUUCUGAUUGCCACUGGAGAGAGGCCCCGUUAUCUGGGCAUCCCUGGAGAUGAAGAAUAUUGCAUCACCAGGUGAGAUAACCCAUUAAAAUGUGUCUUAUUGUAUGUCCUGGGGGAAGUGCCCGCUGUCACUCAAAGUAAGUGUCAGGUGUUAUGAGUGAAGUGAUUCUGGGUUGAUUCAAACAUACAGAGUUUUGAAGUGGCAUAGUAUCAGUUUUCACAUAUGUGUUGCUUGCUUAAAAGCACUUUUGUGUCAGAACAGCUAGCCACUUAAAACUCGUAUCUCCUUUCCUCCUUGGACAAAAUAUCAAUUUUCAGGUGACGAGCCAUUCUUGCUUUGGUUUCGAUUUCUUGGCAUGUGUAAGAUCUACGGUGACAGGAGGGCUUGUUUGCAUAGCAAAUGCCUCUUCUCCACUUCCUUCUCUGUGGAAAAUAUACAGCCAGUCAAAAGAGAUUUGAGCUUCUUCAUAUGUAACUCUUAAGACUGGAGGCAGGAAAGGCUUGGUAUGAGACAUAGCCCUGGACUUUCUGGUUCCUGAUGUGAAAUCUUCCAUUUGCAGAGCAGAAUGUGCAGAAAGGAAGUCAGUCUGUACCACUUUUGUGGUCUUCCUUGUUUACUAUGUAGGCUAUGUAGGUUACUAUGUAGUAAACUAUGCAUUAAUUUCAUCACCAGCUCAUAAACUGGUUGAUUUGUGACCACUUGCUUUAGAUAAUGCUCUGAGAUUCUUUACAUUUUCCUUGAAAAUUAUAUUAUUAUUAUUAUUAUUUCUGUGCUCUGACUUCAUCUUCCAGUUAGUUUGCUGCCUGAUAUAUCUCCUGCCUUCUGGGGUGCAAAGCAAUGUGUAAAAUUUUAUGAACCACAAAAGUAGAGAUAAAACAUAAUGGAAUAAGCCAUUCCCCCUUCUUUAAUUUGAACAGUGUCAGUUGUGUACAUCUCAGCUGUAUGGAUUUCCCUUGUAUUUUUGACUCGGCUAUUCAUUCCUAUUAUUGUUAUUAUUAUCCCAGUGAUGAUCUCUUCUCCUUGCAUUACUGCCCGGGGAAAACAUUGGUGGUCGGAGCGUCCUACGUCGCCCUUGAGUGUGCAGGAUUCCUUGCAGGCCUCGGCUUAGAUGUGACUGUCAUGGUGCGGUCCAUUCUCCUGAGGGGCUUUGAUCAGGAGAUGGCAAACAAAAUAGGGGAACACAUGGAAGAACAUGGUGUCAAGUUCAUUCGGAAGCAUGUGCCUAGCCAGGUAAGAAGGGUGGAGGGAUAGCACUUGUCCUUAUUACUACAUUAUUGGAUGAGCAUUUUAGGUAUUUUGCAUUAGACAUUGCUUUAAAUAUUCUGGCUUUAUAGUUAUUGUCUGUUGCAUUUUGUCAUGUAAGCUGCUUUGAGACUUUUUGAGGGUAAAAAGCAAUUAUAACAAAUGUUAAUAAUAAAUGCGGCCCCCACCCAUUCAAUAAACACGUAAUUUUAAAAUGUGCUUUAAUACAAACAUGUUCAAAGAAAUCCAGGUUGUUUUAUGACUUCAGAAGCGCCUAUAUAUAUUGGCACACAGGGUCCUCUAGCCCAGUAUUUGCUGCAUUUAUGUGGCAGUUCUUCAGCGUCUCGGACUUCUGCAUCACCUGCUAUCUGAUCCUUUGAACUGGAGAGUAAGCUUAGGGUCUUCUGCCACUGAGCAUGUGUGUGAUUCAUUGCUGUGAUGUUCUGUUUCGGCUCCCGAACGCCGCAAACCUGGAAGUGAGUGUUCCGGUUUGCGAAUGUUCUUCGGAACCCGAACGUUGGACGGGGUUUCCGAUUGGCUGCAGGAGAUUCCUGCAGCCAAUCGGAAGCCAUGCCUUGGUUUUCAAAUGUUUGGGGAAGUUGAACGGACUUCUGGAACAGAUUCCGUUCGACUUCCGAGGUACGACUAUAUUAGGUUGCUAUCUCACUGACGUUUGUGAGGGCCUUCCACGUUUAUAGUGCAAUAGCUGUUGGUUUUUCGGAUUUUUUGGCACGCUGCGCAGGAUGUUGUCAGGCUUGGAGGUAUUCUUAGAAGUUGGCCUCUGGCCCUCCUGUUUUGACCCCUUUGCCAUCAAAACAGAUGGCUCUUCGGUGCAGAAUUUUGUCUGGAGGGCCUAAAACAUCUACUUCAUGGGGAGUUUUCCCCUUGAACCUAUCUGGAGUUUGACACUCCCAUUUAAAAUUAUCAUCAUUAUUUAUCUGUUAUCACUACAAUUACAGUUAUGCCCCACCUUUCCUUCAAGGGGGACAUACAUGCUUCUUCCCACUUCCUAUUUUGCCUUCACAACAACCCUGUGAGGUAGGUUGAGCUGAGUGACGGGUGCAAGGACACCUACUGAGUAUCAAAGCUGAGUGGUGAUUUGAACCCCAGUCUCCCAGCUCCCUGUUCUAUACUCUAACCACUGCAACACAUAUCCCCCCCAUCUGUUUUAAAUUCAUUUUUCUUUCUUCAGUACAAACAUCAAAAGAUGUACACACACAUGUCCCCCCCUUGCAACAGCACAAAAAGCAUGAAUUACAUUUCUUCCCCAUGCUAAUAAUAGCACCAGCAGUUAGUUGUUUCUCUCUGACUCCCUCUGAAAUGCGUGCAAUUUGUGCAUUAUCAAUAUUUUCAUGCCGCUCAAUAGCAAAACUCUGAGCUGCUUACUGUAAUUUAGCCAUACAUGAUGGAAACAAAAAAUAUAAAUAAUGCAGCAUAAAAGCUCCAGCAGCCAAGAAAUAAGAUCAGCACAACAAAAUUCUCGAGCAGCACCAGAAAAUAUUUUAAAGAUGUUUAAAAACAUUUGGAAAAGCCAUUCCAUUCUGCCAGAAGGUGCAGCAAAAGAAUGUUUUUUUUUAAAAGUUAAAUUUUUUUGCUUCAGUCAGAUACACUUACCUAAGAAAUAGCCCCAUUGAACUCAGUGUGGUUACUUGUGAGUAGGCAUGCAUGAGAUUCCAUUGCUAAAAGAUGACUUGUGCCAUCUGUGUUCUUGCAAUUGUGAGGGAGUUCUCACGGAGGAUGUGUGUGUGAGAGAGGAAAAGAAAUUGUUAGCAUGUAUUUCCUUUAAUGAUUAAUUAGUAAUUAUUUUCCUAUAGCAGAUAAUUGUUUUUCUAUUCUGUGGGGCAUUAGGAUAGGCUUUCAGCUUUUCAAAGACAAGAAAAUUAAAUGCAACAAAUUUCCUCUGUGCUUCCUCUUAAGCACACCAGAUAGUAAAACACACAACAACAACAACAACAACAACAACAACAACAACAACAACAACUACUACUACUACUACUACUACUUAAAAACACUAUCUGGUCAUCUUUUGCUGAGCAAACAUACCCUCCCUUAAAAAAGAUAAGAGAGCAAGCUGAAAACCAAAGAGAACGUGAAUGCUUCUUUUUUGUGUGCGUAAAUUAUAUCCAUUGCUUGGGUUGAGAAAGUAGAAGAUUGGCUAUAUUUAAGCAGCAUAUAAAGGUAAAGAGAUCCCUGACCGUUAAGUCCAGACCGUUAACUCAGGGGUUGCGGCGCUUGUCUCGCUUUACUGGUCGAGGGAGCCGGCGUUCAUCCACAGACAGCUUCUGGGUCAUGUGGCCAGCAUGACUAAGCCGCUUCUGGCGAACCAGAGCAGUGCACGGAAACACCGUUUACCUUCCCACUGGAGUGGUACCUAUUUAUCUACUUGCACUUUGACGUGUUUUCGAACUGUUAGGUUGGCAGGAGCUGGGACCGAACAAUGGGAGCUCACCCCGUUGCAGGGAUUCGAACCGCCAACCUUCUGAUCGGCAAGCCCUAGGCUCUGUGGUUUAGACCAUAGCGCCACCCAUGUAUAGCCCCACCCUUUUAUUGUCCUUUCUGCAGUGAGGUGCAGUAUGUUUCUGGAAUGGGAUAGAUGUGCUCAGAUCCUGAAAGAAAUGAAGGAAUAGCCAGUUUGCAUGUCUGCGUGUUGUUUGCAGAGCAGGUUGAGUUCUGAAGUAGGAAGCCAGUGCAGUUCUGUGUCAAACUAUAUUUGCUAUAUUUAAUGUUAUCUGGAUCACAGCAUAUGGGGAAGGGAGGCUAAUCCUCUCCCCCUCUAUCUGCACCCCUCAGGAAAAAAACAACAUCCAAUCUCCCUCUGUGCUACAAGAUGUCCACAUAUGCACUUGAAGGUAGCAGGCUAGCUUGGGGGGGGGGGGACAUAGGACCAGCCUAGAGGCCCACACAACUCUUGCAGUGCCACAUCACUGCUCCCCACCAGCCAGAAUCUGUUACCUGAGGAGGUUGCUUCACUCUGCCUAAUGGUAGGUCUGGCCCUGUAGUGUGAGCAUAAUCCUAGCCCUGUGUAGACUGUAGGAAUCUGAACUACUUCAGAAUUCCUGCAGAAGUAAUCAUGUGAGUUGACUCUGCAUUUGCUGGAUUUGGCAGUGGUUUUCCUUCUGUGGGGUUUUUUCUUCUUUUCAACAUAGGUGAUUUUGUGUGUGUGUUUGUGUUUGAUGCCGGAAGUAAGAUAACUCAGUAAGUGAACCUAUGGCAGACAAAAUGUUCUGUGAAAUGGGCUCAGAAGCAGGAAGGGCUGCUCCACCUACCAACCAAGAAGGACACUUGUCCUGAAUAGAGUGGCAGGAGAAAGGGCAUUUGCCAACCAGCUUCUUGGCACAAAGCUAUUGAAAGUGCAGGAACUCCUUUAGACCAAGGCUUGGCACUUGGAGGAAGUUAACUCUCUUUGACUGGAGGAAGUAAGCUACCUUGUGUACGCAAGGUGAUGCUUCCAUUUAUUAACACCUUUUUAAAUUUCCGCAUUGUUCUGAGAAGUGAGCCCCCUUUGUCCUUUAUUGCCUUUGAAUGCUAUGGUAUGAAUCAGCGAUAUAAGUGGCAGCAGCACUUUCACUGUUUUCAUUUCCUUUGUUAUAAAAGAACCACCAUAGAGCUGUCAUAAAAAGGACUUAUUUAUAAAGAGAAAGAGGUUGCGCGUCACUUAGAAUUUUAACUGCUGCAGCAAAGAAGUUUAUAUUUUUCAUAAGCCAUAGGUAUAGCCAUUUAUUUUCCCUGGAUGGAUGUUGGCAGAUUGCAUUGGAGAUUGUGGUGUAAAUGUAGGGCUAAUUCUCCGAAUCCUCUUGACUUCAGAGCUGCAAUAUCUUUUUUCAGUUGAUUCAUGAUCACAUUUAAGGUCACAUGAGAUGUGAUGGGAGCAGCCAUGUUUGUUAAAUCAUGGAUCUUUCCCAUUCACAUAUUAAAUGCAGGUAGUGUGAUUUUUAACACCGAAAGGGGAGGUCUAAUUUUAACAUCGCUGCUGUUGGUUAUCUCAGGUUCUUUUCUAUGAGCCUGGAUCUGUAGGGGCAGGUAAAAUGGAGAACGGUCUUGGCACCAUUCAACCCACAUGUCCUUUUGAUAAUAACAUAUCUACUUUCUACUUGAUCGGGGCAGGCACAUAAACAACAAACAUGCCUGCCAUCAUGUUGAUCAGAUAUAGAUAAAGAUAUUUAGCAUUCAUGACAUUCUCAACUGCAUAAAUGGUUCUUUAGCAUGCGUGUCUACUUGUUAGGGUUUAAAUCUUGUGUUAAAUGUAUGUAUUGUUUCUGUGUUGUAGUUUUGCAUAACUCACUUUGAGGCGGCCGUUUAAAAGGCGAUUAAUAAGUCACUGACUAGAAUAAUAAUAAAAUAUGCACUAGCCUUUAGGUUAAAUGGGAGUAGCUUAAAAGUCUGUUUCCUUCUUGUUAAAUCUCUGGUUUUUGUUCAGGGGAAACAGGUCUAGUAAAUAGGUAGGAUCCAUUCCAGAAAUCUAGUGAACCUUCUUCAACAAUUCCCUUUUAUUUCAACAACAUCCCGAAUUAAAAAUACACUUGUACUGGGUGCCUUCGUGGUUUGAACAAAUGCAUCUACUUCUUGACACACCGAGGUAAUAUUUUAAUGCUCAAAAUUCUGCAGAUUGAACAGAUCCAGGAAGGAACUCCCGGAAUACUCAGAGUCACUUCUCACUCCACAGAAAACUCUUCUGAAAUACUUCAAGGGGAAUACAAUACAGUAAGUAAUUUGAGCUGGUCUUCUCUGUUGCAAAUUUGGCUGUACGUUGAAUGGCUUUGAGAGAUUGUUUACGUGCUGAGUCAGAUGCUCAGGUUUUCUCAUCACAUGAGCCACUAAAGCCACUUGGAAGUGCAUGCUUGUGAUUCUGUGGGGGAACACAGGUAGCUGUGAACUGGGCUGUACCUGGAGGGGUGUUUAGCUAUUUACAUGAUUGCAGCUGCUGCAGAAGAUGUUGGUACAGCUGUGGAAUUAGCUGUUGAUUGCGUCUAGGUACAGCUGGGUCCACACAGCCAUUUUCCUAUGGGAUUGCAGUGCUGCAGCUUCUCAUCCGUUGAUGUUGCGCAAACCAGCCCUCCAUGAACAAUUUUCACAAUGAAAUUUGUAGCAUGGGGUCCUGGAUUCUGAUUGAUCUUCUGGUUGUUAUCCUAAUGCAGUAAUUAAUAUACUUAAAAAAACUAAAGACACCUAAGUUUCCAGGAGCAGUGGAGGCUGGUUCAUAAGUGAGAAUGAAGCACUGCCCCAGUAGCCUCAGUCUGCCCUCGCUUGACCUCCCCUUCCUGUUUACUAGCCCAGAGACUGACAUUGGUUAUCGACUGUUGCUGCUUCUAUAGGGCCUAUAGAACUCAGCAGGGAGGAGGUUGGGGGCAAAAAGUAUUAGUUACCACCACCUUCCAUUGCCUCUGGUGCCACCUACUGCUGACCUCCCUGCCUUCUACUCAACCAGCUCCAAUGGGCACCUGCUGUCACUGCCUGGGAGAUAUAUGACUAACACAAACAUUGACGUUCUGCAGGUGUUGCUGGCCAUAGGGAGGGAUGCUUGCACAAGAAAAAUUGGCUUGGAGAAAGUUGGAGUGAAGAUAAAUGAAAAGUAAGGUUUAAUCUCUUGACUGUCUAAGUACUGUGGGCAUGUGGUUUUGGGUUUUUUUUUACAACAUCAAUUGGAUUGACUUAAAGCAUUUAAUUUUUUUUUGGGGGGGGGGGGAGAGAGAUAAAUUUCCAAUGCUGUUCUGUUGCAAUAAGGAGAGCGCCGGUGCAGCAUAAUGGUUAGACUGUUGGACUAUAACCUGGGGGAGCAGGGUUCGAAUCCCCCCUCAGCCAUGAAGCUCAUUGGGGUGACCUUGGGCCAGUCACCAUCUCCUAGCCUAACCUACCUCAUAGUGUUGUUGUGAGGGUGAAAUGGGGAGGAGGAGGAGGAGAACCAUGUACACCACCUUGAACUCCUUGGAGGAAAAGGUAUAUAAAUGUAAUAAAUAAAUUAAACAAACAAAUAAAUAAGGAGGAAUUCUACCCUCUAUUUCUGAUAUACGUCUAUAUCUCAUUACUGAACAUGCAAAGAGGGUGGACUUUUGCAGUAAUUGGAAUGUUAAUGAUUAACAGCUCUGCAAUCUAGGUUUCUGCAUUAAUUCGCUCUUGCCAGUUUCGUGGUCCAGUUUUUUUUUUUAACUAUUCAUGUCAGUUACCACUGUGAACUAUACCCUUUGUACUGUGUACGCUUUCCAGUUUGGUUGCAUAAUGGGGCUCCGUUUGUGUGUGUGUGUGUGUGUGAGAGAGAGAGAACUCAGGAAUAUCUGCUUUGCAUGCAGAAGGUCCUUGGUUCAAUCCCUGCCGUCUCCCAGGUAGGGCUGGGAGAGACUCUUGUCUGAAACCCUGGAGUUGCUGCCACUGCCAGUCAUUGCAGACAAUAUUGAGUGAGAGAGACCAUUAGCCUGACUUUAGUAUAUGUUGGUUUCCUGUGCUCCUAUGUUUUUAGCAGUUAUGCAAAGGUGGGGAAUGUGAAAAGGUGAUGCUUCUCCUAUCAUAGCACUGCAAUAAAAGGAAACGGGGGCUUUGCAAAAUUCUCAUUUCCAUGCUGCUGUUAAAAGGCACUGAGGUCCUGGAUCCCUAGUGAUCUCUCCCUUUCCUACCUACUUUGACAAUAAUCCCUGCAUUUUGUGGUCUGGCAGCCCACAUUCUGCCUGAAUUUAUGUGUAAAUGGCUAUGUAAUUUGAAUCCAUUCCCGUUUGGGUCCAAGCCUGUUCUCUGCGGACAUGAAACAUUGUUCUGAGGACACUGGGAUAAGUCUGUGAGAUGCAGCAGGUUUCGCCAUCUGAAUCACAAAUCCUGCCACGGCCAAGAUGAACACAGCAUGGACUCUUGCCCUGGCAUUGGAACAGUCUGAAUUGUCCGAAGUUUGAUUUGAAAGAAGGGAUUCGCGACCUACAGGCCACUGAACCUCUCCUCUUUUCUCCCUCUCGUAGAACAGGAAAGAUCCCUGUCAGUGAGGAGGAGCAAACUAACGUGCCUUAUAUCUAUGCCAUUGGAGAUGUGUUGGAAGGCAAGCUGGAACUGACGCCAGUGGCAAUCCAUGCAGGGAGGCUGUUGGUACGGAGGCUUUAUGGUGGCGCAAACACAAAGGUGAGCGAGAGGUUUAUCAUGCAUUUUAAAGAAAACUAACCUCUCCCCACCCCACAGUCAGAAUAAUAAUGCAAGCUGCCACCCCGUCUCCCCCCAUGCACUCUUGUUUACAUGAUUGAUAGUGCAUUGGCCCAAUGAGAGUCUGCGUUGUUAUUCGUAUGGGUUUUCUUAGUCUUACGGAAUUUUUAAAAACCUGUUGCAGACAAAUGUGUUUUCCUCGCUUCCAGGGCACGUUCACCCGCCAUUAGCGGGGGCAGCAAAGGGGGAGCAGUGUUGUGCACCUGGUCUCCUGGCAGUGAGUGUUGCUGCUGCUUACUGGAGGGGGGAGGGAGGUGUGGGGAGCUCAGCUGAUUGGCACCACUGCACCUGCACCAUGCGCUGCCUUCCCCUCGCCUCCCUCCCCCUCCAUCUCAGUAAAGCGGCAGCCCAGGUGAGCAGCACAGAAGCACCUUUUAAGCUCCACCUGCCUUUGCUGAAGCUACCCCAGUGUUUUGUUACUGAUGCCGAUGGAAGUGUGAUACUCAUACAAAAGCAUCUUUUCCUUGACAGUGUGACUACGUGAAUGUUCCCACCACGGUAUUCACUCCUCUGGAAUACGGCGCCUGUGGUUACUCGGAAGAAAAAGCCAUAGAGACAUUUGGGGUGGACAACAUUGAGGUGAGCCUAACAAGCCUGUAUAAAAUAUAGCAUCAAUAUAUUGUGUAACACAAGGCCGAUCUUGUGCCCCUUUCUACUUCUAGAUUGGUGUGUGUGUAUGUAUGUAGGACCAUCAUCUUGGAUGCAGGUGGUGCUGUAGUCUAACCACUAAGCCUCUUGGGCUUGCCGAUCAGAAGGUCGGCGGUUCGAAUCCCCGCAAUGGGGUGAGCUCCUGUUGCUCUGUCCCAGCUCCUGUCAACCUAGCAGUUCGAAAGCACGCCAGUGCAAGUAAAGAGGUACCGCUGCGGCGGGAAGGUAAACGACAUUUCCGUGUGCUCUGGUUUCCAUCACGGUGUCCCUUUGUGCCAGAAACAGUUUAGACAUGCUGGCCACAUGACCCAGAAAGCUGUCUGUGGAUAAACGCCAGCUCCCUUGGCCUGAAAGCGAGAUGAGCGCCGUAACCCCAUAGUCGCCUUUGACCGCACUUAACUGUCCAGGGGUCCUUUACCUUUACCAUCAUCUAGUUCUUCUCAAGGUUGGCUACACAAUCACAUCAUUCAGUUGCGUCACUUAGUCUGGUGCCAAUAGCCAUGAGCCUGUGCGGAUGACAGGCCUGCGUCUUUAUAAACAUCUGUGUGCCUGUGUCCGGGAAUGCAUCAGAGUAACAUCUGUAGCUCAGUGGUACAACAUCUGCCUUGUAUGCAGAAGAGCCCAGGUUCCGGUCCUCGCAUCUCUAGGUAAGGCUGGGAAAGGCCUUUGCCUGACACCUUGAGGAAUUUCUGCCACUCCUAAGCAGUUAGCACGGCUCCCAGUGCACCCAAUGGUCUGACGUGAUAAAAGGCCUCAAUACCUGUGUUCAGUAAAAAUAUGGGGAAAUGUUGAUUCAAGUUACUCAAACUUAAAUCUAUUCGUAGAGGGAAAUACCCGCAAAACACAGGUGUAUGUAUCAAAAGUUAUAUUGUGCUGUGUACAGUGUGGAGCUGCCCUAACAAAGCUUGCAUAUUUGGUCAGGUGCUUAUUUUAGAAGCAUCCCUGACAUGCCCCUUUAGACUCCAGUGCCUUUUGUGACACCGUACCAGUCCCAUCCCUCUUCUCACACCUGUUGGUAUUUCUGCACCUAACACUAUCCAGUAAGUAGCUGCUGCACAGGCUAUUGUGUAAAUUCAAACGUGCCUAAGAGCUGGCUGGAGGGAGCCAUGUUUGAGCGCUGCUCCCCCAUGUUUAAUAAGCCUGGGAAGCAGAUGCAAAGAAUCAGUAUGGACAUACAGAAGCAAACUUAUCAGUGCACCUCUUAUUAAAAUUUCUAUACCACCCUUCAUCAGAGGAUCACAGGGCAGUUUACAAUAUAGAAACACAAAAAUACAUAACAAAGUAACAAACAAAACAAUGCCUCUCUCACUUUAAAAGGCCGUAGAUAGUUUAAUUAGUCAGAGGCCUGUGAGAAGAAGAAUAAAAAUUUAUUAUUGACGCAACACAGAAUCAAACUGCAGUUCAGGGAACAGGAAGGAGAUGCAUUUUGCUUAUAAUGCACUGAACGCUCCUGACAUGAGACCCUACUUUGAUGUGCAUUUUCACCAUUUGACAAGCAUCUCGCUAGUCCAGGGGUUGUGAGUGUUCAGGGAGAGGUCCUAUUCUGCCGCGGUUGACAUUCAUCAGCUGCCUUCUCAGUGCCAAGUGUCUCUGGCCAGUCCCUGAGAGGGGCAAAGGGCCACACCUGUACCAAACUGAGCUCCUCAUGUCUCACUCCCCCCCCCACUCUAGAAGUAGCAACGAUGUUUAGCCUUGCGAAGGUAGGUGAGCACCAUUGCCCUGUCUGCGCUUCCCAUUCCCUUGGACUGCUGUUGCAUAAUGCCUUUCAGAAGCUAAAAAAAUCUCCACAAACACUUAAAAUGUCUCCAUUGCUUUCCCAGGUUUACCACAGUUACUUCUGGCCACUUGAAUGGACGGUCCCAGCCCGGGACAACAACAGAUGCUAUGCAAAGGUCAUCUGCAAUAUUCCUGAUCAGGUAACCAUAGCAUGCCACUAUUUUUCAGAAUCAUCAGCAUUUUACAGGAGCAAGGAGGUUUCUUUUUUUUUAAAAAAAGUGUUGAUUUUGUAUGCGUUGUAAUACAUUACAAUAUAAUUUCUGACAAAACGGUACUGGGAAUGCUGACAGAAUUGUUGUGUGAACUUCAUGCAUCUUAAUUUGUGAUGACACUUGGACUUGGGGAUAAAGCUCUUCCCUUUCAUUGCGGCAAACACGGGUGUUAUCUUGAAAGCACUGGUUGUUUUUAAAAACACCCACAAAUCCAACUCUUAAAUUAUAGUGCCUUUGUAACUGAAUUAAUAACACCUUGGCUAGAUGUUAACACUCAUUAAGUGGCAGUCCUCUUUUAUCUUUGCUCAAGAUAAUAUCUGGUUAAUAGUUGUUGAUGCCUUAGUUUUCGUGUUGUAAUAAUGGCUGGAGUCCAAAGGAUUGCGGGGAAAGCAGAUGCUUGUGUUCUUAUUUCAAGCUGCUUUUGAAACUGAGGGAUGCCUCACAAGCAAUUUCUGACAGGCCAGAGGAGCAUAUUGGUUAAGGGGGGGGGGGAGAGUUCUUUUUUUUAAUUAAAAAAAACAACCUCCUUUUUAGGCUCUAGAUCCUAGCCAUAGCCUUCAUUUUGCUCAUUUUAAACAUGGGCUACAGUGAAAAACAAAAAUGAUAUGUUUAGGCUUACGAGGUGAGGAACCUGUGGCUCUUAAGAUGUUGCUGGACCACAACUCCCAUCAGCCCUAGCCAUACAGUCAGGACCUGCUGGGAGUUGGGAGUCCAGCAACAACUGGAGGGUUACUGGUCCAUGAUUUUGUUCAUAUGUGUCCAUAUCUAGUGUUGCUUUCAGAAUGCAAAGCCAAGUACUCAGGGCUGGAUUCAGUUAAUGAGCCCUGUGCAAGGACUUCCACUAGCACAUUGGGGCUCCUUUCCUCACAGUUGGCUUGGGGUAAAGUUGAGAGACCCCCCAGAGCAGCGUGUAGGGAAAGGAGAGGUGGGGGAUCAUUCCAUCUGGCAAGCUGAAAUGCUUGUGCUGGCAAUUGCCAUAGCGCUAUGUAGAAUCCCUUCCUCAGGCCCAACUGCUUGGGUUGAAAACUAGACAAUAGAUGCAGGCAGUACUAGAAUUUCCCCUCCACACAUUGCCAUAAGCCGUAUCCAAGCAUUCAAAAAGAGCACAUGAGGGUUUAAGCUGGGGAAGGAGAACUCAUGUUGUUGGGUGUUUUCCCUUCACCCCUGGCCUUUCCUUUGCGCAUCAGGAAGUUCUGAAGGGAGCUUGUAAAGUUGAGGUUCCUAAUCAUGAGGAGGCUCUUCUGGGAGGUUCAGGGAUGAAGCAGGGACGUGCAGGGGCACAGGACGAGAGGGUUGCUGUCAUGAGUGCACUCCACUCCCUAGUUUAAGUUUAGUGUUACAGAUCUGAGCCUGAGGCUCUCACAUGCCCUCUUCCCGCUCCUUUCUUGAUUAGGCAGAAUGGGCUGUGUACAAAUUGGCAAACCGUGGCUUGCCUCGACCCCCAGGGAAGUCAGGCAGGAAGGACUGUGCUAGACUGAAGGUCCAGUCUGUCUUGAUCACAUAAUACCAAACCAUAGGUUGAUGCUUCAUCCAAACCAGUGGAUUUCAGGCUGGUCAGAUCUCGUUUAUCCUUCACUGGAACCAAAGAGCCAAGUGGAAAAACCAAAAUGGUAGGAUUAAAGAGCAGGAUGUCUCUGAGCAGAUGCUUAGCCUAAGGAUUUUUCAGUAGCAGAACUGAACAGAACUUGUUUCUUUCACAAAAAUCCAUUCCUUGGUCAAGCCAACUAAUGCACAUAGAUCAUGAUCUAAGUCACCACAUUGUAGUUUUGGCAGUCAAAUGGCUUUUGCUGUAGAAUAUUUUAACAGCAGUGAAAAAAAUAGCUGAAACCCCUGCUGUUCAUGGGUCCCCCCCAAAUUAAAUUUAUUUUCCAAUAGAUAUGUGUUAAAGUGGAAAGUUAAAACAGAGCAAGCUACACACAAGUUUAUUGUUGACAUUUUUUGUAUGCUCGAGCCUCUGGAUUUAUAACAGUUGGAUUAUAAUGUGUCUCUUAAGACAGGUAUGAAAAUACAAAAAAAGGGGUUGAAACAUACCGUAUUUUUCGCCCCAUAGGACGCACCUAGUUUUUUGGGGGGGAAAUAAAGGGAAAAAUUUUUUAUUUCCCCCCCAGGUGCGCUGCGCUAAUCCCGAAGCUUGGGGCGUGUGGAGCUCAGCGCGCCCCAAGCUUCUGGGUGCCGGCAAGGUCUCCGCUAGCCGUGGGAGAGCCGCGCGGCUCUCCCAGGGCUAGCGGACUGCUGCGCUAAUCCCGAAGCUUGGGGCGUGCGGAGCUCAGCGCACCCCAAGCUUCUGGGUGCAGGCAAGCUCUCCGCUAGCCCUGGGAGAGCUGGGUCUCCAACGGCUAGCGGAUAGCUUCCUGAAGCCUUGAGAGGGAGAGGGGUCAGUGCGCACCGACCCCCCUCGCUCUCCAGGCUUCAGUGAAAGCCUGCAUUCGCCCCAUAGGACGCACACACAUUUCCCCUUCAUUUUUGGAGGGGAAAAAGUGCGUCUUAUAGGGCGAAAAAUACGGUAUUUAAUGCCAGUUCUCUCAGGUAUUGGACAGUCUGAAGAAAGUAAUUGUUUCAGGCCACAGCGACUCAAGCUUUUGUUGUUCCUUUCUUCUGGGCAUUCUGACAAUUGAUAUCUCAAAUGAUAAAAGAGGGGUGUUCCUAUAUACUACAACUGCAGCAAGAAUGCUGAUUGCUAAAAACUGCAAGGGGGAUAGGACACCAACGAAGGAAGAAUGGCAAAUCAAAUUGUGCGAAUAUUUGAAAUUAGCAAAAAUGACAGAAGUAAUUAGAAAUCAGCCAAACCCAAAGGUUUAAAAAGGAGUGGGGCUGUUUUAAAGAGUACCUGGAAAAACAUUGUUCUCAAACAAAAUUUUGGAUGUGUUUUGACUAAACUUUGCAAAGUAAAUAACAGAUAGCAUAUAUUAUGUAAGAGAAGUGAAAUAAGGAAAACAACAGUUAAAAAGAUAAGGAAGAAAUAAGAAGCCACAAUAAGGUGGAGGGAAGUCAUGUGCGAAGAAAUUUUGAUUUAUUUUGGUUUACAUUUGUGUAUAAGAUAGGAUAUUUUGAAGAACGAAUGGAACAGUGUAUUCAAUUAAUCAAUGUAAAAACUCAAAGAAUAUUUUUUUAAUUUUUUUAUAAGAUAAAAAGAAUAUUUUUUAAAAAAGCUUUUCUUGUUCCCCUUAUUCCUUAGGAGCGUGUGAUUGGCUUCCAUGUGCUUGGUCCAAAUGCUGGAGAAAUAACCCAAGGAUUUGCAGCGGCCAUAAAAUGUGGAAUAACAAAAGAACAGUUGGACAGCACGAUAGGAAUCCAUCCAGUCUGUGCAGAGGUGAGAAUGUGGCAUUGGUUUACAAAAAGCUGCCUCCAGUGGCGUAGCGUGGGCGGUGCAGGGGGGGCCGGCCGCACCGGGCGCAACAUCUGGGGGUUAGGGUUAGGGGGCGCAAAUCCACGGGUUAGGGGGCGCAAAUUACUUGCCUUGCCCCGGGUGCUGACAACCCACGCUACGCCACUGGCUGCCUCCUUUCCUAGGAUUGCUGGAGUAAUUUUGUUUUCAAGGCAACAGUUUUAUGUACUCUUUCUGUAUGAGCAGCUGCAUUGAGAUAGGAAGUACCAUAGCUUUGUGGCAGGGCACAAGCGAAACAAACAAAAGGUCCCAGAUUCAAUCCCCAGCAUCUUCAGGUAGGGCUGGAAAAGAUUCCAUUUCUAAAACCCUGGAGAGCUGCAACACUGAGCCAGAAUCUGCCGUAUAUUUUAGAAAGUUGGUUGUCCCUUAGUUAUCUUUGUUUAGGUACAAUUGGAUGCCAUUUUGAAUCAAGAUGGUGGACCAGACCUUUCAAAAAUGUACUGAUUUUUGGCGGGUGGUUCUUGGAAUUCCCAAACAACGCCAGGCACUCAUAAACUGAAUGGGUUGGAGUGGAUUGGAAGGGCCACAAUAUCAGGUGCAAAAGCACAAUUGAACCUUUUAUGCCAGGGCAAGAACCGUUCAGCAGUGAGGCAAGGACUUUCCUUCAGAGCUCCAGCUUUAGAAAUAACUUGCAGUAUUUCCUUUCACAUUUGUACACACUGACUUUUCUCUCUCAUAACCCGCUGUAUCUAAAAAUCUAAAAACAACACAAUGGGGAGAGAGAGCUACAAAAUGUGCAGAGGAAGCUGUUCUAAUAUAUCACUAUAAUCAUCGUCAUAAUACGUUGAGCAAGCCACAAAAAUUAAAGGACGAAAGGUUUCACGAAAAUGAUUGCAGUUUCUAUUAAAAUAAUAAUAAUAGGAGCAUAGGAAGCUGCUUUGUGCAGAGUCAGACUGCUGGCCCAUCUAGUGCAUUAUUGUCUGCACUGGCCAGGGGCAGAGUUUCUGGCAGCCUUCUCUCCCACGCCUGCCUGGCGAUGUAGGGGAUGGAGACUGGAGACUUGUGCAUGCAAAGCACAUAGCCUACCACUAAGCUAUGGCCCAUUCAACAACAGCAAUAAUAAUAAUAAUAAUUAAUAAUACAAAUAAUGGAAUUUUAAAAACUGGUUGAGUUUGGAUUUUUUUUCUGUUUCAAAGGGUGGAUGCAUUCAUGAUUCUCCUUGCAUACAGAGCAUUUUCAGCCGGCUGAACAUUGAGAUCCUUGCUUUUUUUCUGCAGGAGCUUCAGGCUUAUUUGCAUGGCCAACAUGUACAGGCGCUCUGUUCUGCUCUCAAUUUAUUCCCCCUUAGAGAUGACUUUGAUGCUAGCUAAUUACUGUUGCUUUGAACCAUUUAGACUGGAGUGGAUUUGAUUUCCUGUAAUCCUCCUACCUAGACUUAUAUGUCUGCAAAACAAAGCUAGCAGUUGUCUGAUAAACCUCAACUAAAGGCAGCUUACCACGUUUCCUGUAAUUUGCUUUUCGAUUUGCUCUCUAAACUAGGAGCUAAAACUCAUCCGAAGGGCAAAAGUCCUAAGAUGGCACCUGUGAAGGCCGUUAGUAGCCAGCAAAGAGCUGCCAUGACUCAGACCAUGGAGGAAGUCUGGGCCUCCAGCUGCUGCUGGACUAUAACUCCCAUCAUCCCUGGUUUUGCCUGAGCUGAUGGAAGCUGUAGUUCAGCAACAUCUGGAGAACCAAAGGCUCCUUACACCUGCUUUAACUAGAAAUAUAGUUAUUACUCAGGCACAGUUCCCAUUAAUUUCAAUUGAGCCUAUUCAGGAGUCUUCCUUUUCUGUUUCUGGUAGAUCUUCAUCGUCCCAGAGGGCAAAUAGUCUCUGAGCCGCAGACUCAUAUCUGCUCAUUAAUUAUCUGCAGGCAGUGCAAUAAAACGUCUGCCUCCCCCGCUUCAUUUCCUGCAGAACGAUAAGAGGCACUUGUGGUGGGAAGCCACGUGACUUCCCCUUCAUUUCUUUCAAUUUGCAGGGUCUGAAGCCUUGAAAGAGGGCAAGAAAACGGGACUGUUGUGAUGCAAGAGCAUCCAGUGUAAUUUUAACGGCUCUUCCAAUAAUGGAGGGUAGAAAAGUGCUGCAUGGUAGAGUGUUAUUCCCAUCCCCAAACAUCUGGUGCAGCUUUAUAAUGCACACUAAUAAAGAAGUCUAGAAUUUAGAAGAGCCCAGCUUGGAUCAGCUCAAAGGGCCAUCUAACCCACAUCCUGUCCUCACAGUGGCCAGCCAUGCCUAAUGGAGGCCUGAAGGCAGCAUUGCCUCUUGUGAUUCACAUCCACUGAGUUGUUAGCAGUGGUUCUCCAAGACCACACAUCCUAGAGUCAGCCAAUGGCAGAGGGUAGCCCUGAGUUUUGACGUGAACAUAAAAGUCCUCUCCGACAUGAUCCAAUUGUUUUAUUCCCCCCGUCCUCCUUUGUUUUAUAGAUAUUCACCACGUUAUCCGUGACGAAGCGGUCAGGUGGAGAUAUCACCCAAUCCGGAUGCUGAGGUUAAGCCCCCCCACUGUUCCCUCGUUGCCAGAGACUGGCGUUCGUCACCGUUGCUAACUCCUGAAGGAGCAGCCUAGGAAGCAAGAACCAGCCAAUGCGUCCAUUACCUCUCCGCCCCUGUCGACGGGGCGAGUGAAGAACUGCUUAGUUCCUGGCGGUGACUGAAUGUUAUGGCAACGGAUCCAACAGUGGGCUGGGCUCCCAUAUCAAGCUGCUGCUUGGCAAGGCAUUGAGCAAGAUGCUUCCAUGAAGUCGCAGCCUAAAACCAGCCUUUUCUGGUAGGCAGUGAUGGAAAGUUUGCUGGCACAGCUUGAGACUUUUCCUCUCCUGGAAUGAAGGUGUUCCUCCCAUUUGUUUCCCCACUUCCUCACGUUGUUGCUAUGAAAUAGCCCAAGAGUUGCAGCAUGUAGCAGCCUCAUUGCAAGCCCUCUUCUGUAGGGGGUGCACGCAAUGCGUCAUCUCUCCAGACUUGUACAGAAAUGAGCAACCAAGCCUGUGAAGGAUUUUUUAGUGCACAGUUCUAAGAAGCAACUUAUUUUCACUUAGCUUCCUUUAUUCUUUUUACCCAGAGCUGCAGAUUGGUGUGGCUCCCCUAAGUCCAUAGAUCAAAGAUUAAAUACUCCCAUCACUGAUAGGUUAGAUUACUGCAAUGAGCUCUAUGUAGGGCUGCCUCUGAUGACAGUUCAGAAACUUCAGCUGGUGCAGAAUUCAGUGGCCAGGUUACUCACCGGGGCAAGACGGUUUGAGCAUAUUACACCCAUCCAGGCCCAAUUCUAAAUGCUGGUUUUAACCAAUAUGGUUAAAUGGCUUAGGACCGCAAUACCUCAAGGACUGCAUCUCCCCAUACGAACUGACCCGGACCCUGCAAUCCUCCUCCUCAUAUGAGGCCUUCCUUCAUGAGAGAUCUGGAGGGUGGCAACACGAGAGGCCUUUUCUGGGAUGGCUCCCCACUUGUGGACUGCUCUCCCCAGGGAGACUCACCUGGCGCCUUUGUUACAUAACUUUAGGUGCCUGGCAAAAAUAUUUAUAACUAAGCCUUUCACUAUGGCCAUUUAAAGUUUGUGAGAAAGGGGUGUUAUUGGCUUGUUUUGGUUUUAUGAUGUCAGCUACAUUGUUGAAUUCCUUCUCAAGUGAAAUCCCUCCUUUUCAUACAGCUAACUCUGUUUGUUUGUAUAUAAUGGAUCAUAAACAAAAUCUAUUUGGAUCAUAAAUUCUAUUUUGAGAUACCCUAUAACUGUUUUCUUGAAUACUGCCACUGUUGUUGAUAAAACUUUGUGUACUUUAUGUGUACUUAAUGAAAGCAAAAAGUAAAACUGUCUUUUAGAAAUGGGCACGAUCUUUUAAAAUUUACUUCAUUGCACCAGCUUGUUCAGAUAGUGACUCUCCUGUACCUGUGAUUUGGAGAAGUUGUGGGAUCUGUGGUGCGAGAGCCCUGUGGGAGCAGCUGCACAAAAUGCACAACAAAAAGGACCCAGAUAUUUAUUCAUGUUACCCUCCGAAUGAGAAGGAGCAUGCAUUUGUGUGCCUUGCAGUCUCUAGGUAGAGGGCACACUCCUAUAAGCACAUAAGCAGAGCUCUGCUGCAUCAACCCAGAGGCCCACCUAAUUCAGCAUCCUGAAUCUCGCAGAGAGCAGCCAGAUGCUUGUGGGAAGCCUGCAAGCACAACCUGAGGGCAACAACACUCUUCCCACAUGAGAUUUCCAGCAACGGGGAUACAGAGGCAUGCUGCUUCCAACAGUGGAGCUAGAACGUAGCCAUCAUGAUUUGUGGCCACUGAUCCCCUUAUCCUCCAGACAGGCUGAGCAGCAAGAGAAGUUUAUAAGACUACUGUAUAGGUCCUGCCUUAAUGCUAUGCUCCUGGAGAGAAGAGUGGAGCAAAACCUAUUACAAUCUCCCAUGGGCAGCUGUCGUUACAUCUUCAUACUGAAGUUUACUGAUGUUAAAUGAAAGGGGUUGGGAACUGUCCUGUAUGUGAGGGCUAUGGCUAUUAGCCAUGUACCCUAAUCCAUCUGUGGGCCAAUUACUUGUGCACAAACUUUUCUUAGCUGGGUGAAGAACGAUGCAUGUAAAAAGUUGCUCACUGGACCAGUCCAGUCCCACUGCCAGACCUGCACCCACAAAGACCUAGUCAGAAAACUGGCAAUAGUACAAAUUGGUGUUGUCGGUGAUUAUUUGACCAGGGAUGGAUACUCACUCACUCACUCACUGCUGUAUCCAAAACAGCACACUAAUGCAAAAAGCACAUUAUCAUGCUAGGUAUUGAUCUAACAAGGUACAGCUUGCCUGCUCAGUGAUCAGCCAGACCUUGUUUCCGCUAGCAAGAGCCUCUAGCAACAGCCUCUGCCACAAAGGCAGGUCGUGUAAAUUGUGGAUUAGCUACAGAUCCUAACCCAUUUGCCAGCUUACAAGCAGUUCCAUUCUGAGACUAUCUCUUUAACAGCUUUUCCGGUAAUCAAUCGAUUUGGCUGAGCUGCAGAUUUUGUAGGCCUAGUAAUAAAUACAGAAUACAACAAAUAUCUUAUAGAUUGACAUACCGUAUUUUUCGCUCUAUAACACGCACCCAACCAUAACAUGCAUGUAGUUUUUAGAGGAGGUAAACAAGAAAAAAAUAUUCUAAACGAAACAGUGGGUGUAUGAUUUUUGUGGUUCAUGCUGUGGCCACAGACAUGUGAUCUGACAGUGAGUUUGGAGUAGCCCAAUGCAAAAAUCCUGAGGAUCCAUGUGGAUCCAUGCUUUGUAACCAUGUUUUUGCACCACUGCGGCCCCAGGCAACAGUGGGUGCAUGAUUUUUUUGGUGCAAGAUGUAGCCAUGGACAUGCUAUGUGAUCUGAUGGUGAAUUUGGGGUGACCCAGUGCAAAAAUCCUGAGGAUCCAUGUGGAUCCGUGCUUUGUAACCAUGUUUUAAGUGGGGAGGGAAGGAAAAGCACUCAAGGGACAAGGAGCACGCGUGGGGUGUGUGGAGAAGGAUGCUGCUAAUAAUGCAGGAGAGGAGUAUAAGGGGAGAAGGCUCCUCUCCUCUCCCGCUUUGCUCCUUUAAAGAAGCAGGCUCUCUGUCCCUCUCUCCUCCCCACUCAGCGGCUCUUCUCCUGCUUUGCUGUUUCAAAGCGAGCCACGGAGGAGGGAAGGAAGGGGAACCAUGGAUCUUCUGCUCACGACUGCAGCAGAUCCCCUCAGCCACCUGUAGGCAUUCCCUCCAUAACACGCACAGACAUUUCCCCUUACUUUCUAGGAGGAAAAAAGUGAGUGUUAUGGUGCAAAAAAUACGGUAGUUCUUUACACACACACACACACACACACACACACACACACAUCUUUUAAGCCUUCAUUGUGCACAGUGGGUCUGCUGAAGCUCGGGGACAAUGCUUUUGUUCGCAAUCCUAUGUAUAAUUGAGCUGGGUGUGAGUCCAUUGAGUUCAGAUUGUGUAUGCACAGGACUGAGCGCAAAACAGAAGCUUUGUAGGUGAGCCCUUAGAUACAAGUUUUGGGAAAAUUUUGUAAGCUGUUUAGACUUUUUUUAAAAAAAGAAUUAAGUGGCAUAUAAAUGUUGUUAAACGAAAUAAUAAAAGCCUUAACCGACCAAGCACUGGUUGCCCACAAUUACUCUGUAAUGAGGAUUGUGCAAUUAUAUGACCUAAUAGGCCCAGGCCAUGGUAAGUUUAGUUAUCCACAGAUACUUGCUAUUUAUUUACUGCAUCAAAUCCCACCUUUUUCUUCCAAGUUGCUCAUGGUGGCAUAUGGUUAAUCCUCACAACACACCUGUGAAGUAGGUUAGGGUGAGAGGCUUAGAGAAAUCCAUGGAGGAGAAAAAUUGGAUCAGUGGCAGCUCCAUGAUGUCUAUAUUCUCCUGCUGGGAUUUGAAGACUAGUUGUUGGGGAGCAGCUAUGGGGAAACGCUUUUGCUCUCAGCCUGCUUUUGAGAAAGAAGAUGCUGUCCUAGACAGGCCUUUUGCUUGAUCCAGAAGCUCUGCUCUUAGGUCUGCAGGUGUACAAGAGGGAAUUUCAGGAAUUACAAGCAAAGGAGGUUCUGGCUAAACAUCAGAAGAACUUUCUGAUGGCAAGAGCUGUUUGACAGUGGAAUGGACUCCCUCAGGAGGUUGUGGACUCUCCUUCCUUGGAGGUUGUUAAUCAGAGGUUGGAUGGCCAUGUGUCAUGGGUGCUUUAGUUGAGAUUUCUGCAUUGCGGGGGUUUGGACUUAGAUGACCCUCAGGGUCCCUUUCGACUCUACAAUUCUGUGAUUCUCGACACUACAUGUAAGGCUGCCCCAGCUGAAAUUUUCCCUCUCCCCCACCUAUUUAGCGUACAUGAGCUGUUCUCUCCUUUACCUCUCUUUUCCAUAUGGUAGAGACAAGUGCUUGGGGAUUUUGAUGGUGCAUAUUCAACAUACCUUUAUUUAUGUUCUAUAAGUGUUAAAUACAUAAAUGCCUCUUUAAUUCACUGGAAAAUUUAAACCACUUGUACUUUCAGACUGAAUUAACUGAAUUUAAAUAUAAUAGAAGUAGCAUAUUUGGAGCAUUCCAAAUAUUACUGUUUCUAAAAGGGAUUUAAAAAUUUGCUGUGCAUUUUGUGAGUGAAGGCACAGCACUAUCUUUCACUUCAAACAAUUUUUUUUCUUGCCUGCCAAAAGAGAGACUUGAUAGCAAAUCAAAUGCGAGGCGCCAGAUGUAAUAAAUUAAAUGGCAUUUGUAUUCUGCCCCUGCCCUGCUCUUGAUUUUAUUAGAUAUUAACAUGUUUAAAAAAUUUCCCCAAUGAAUGCAAGCCAGAUUUCUCCGAAGAUAUUUCAUGUCAUAUUUAUGGCAAUUCAGCAAUUUUAGCAAGCUCCGCAAGUCAAUUAGGAGUCUUUGUUGUUAUCUGGCCAGAUUCACGUUUUGCAAGAUUAAUUCUAAGCCACUCAUCAUUAGCAGUUGUGAGCGUGACCUCUUUGGUCAGUCUGCCGCCUGUAUGUGAAAUGUGAUCUGCUACUAGUACUGUAGCUAUUACAAAUACAUGUCUUUCUCAUUCUUCUGUCUGAUUGAAAUACUCAGUGGCUUUCCACUGUCCAGUCUAAAACUUGCCAUGAGAACUAGCUGUGACCAUACAAACAAAAUGUGAUGUAGUGCCAUAUUUUGAAGAGCAGGAGCUCAUCAUGACAGCCCCAUAGCCAUGCCCCAAAGAUAAUAAAAACUGCAGGCAGCUGUGCUGACAUAACUGGCAUAAUACCCCAUUUAUUAGGUUUAUCAUGACUGUAAUCCUAUGCAUGGUUUCCUGAGGUAAUGUCCUUUGAACUAACUGGUGCUUGUUUAUGACCGCCCAGGUUCAACUUCUUCAGUGCUUUGUCGUCCACGUCUAAUCUUGCCCCUUUCUAACAUUUAUUGGUGUGUGUUUUUCUUUUUGUAAAUCUACCAAUGAAUAAAAUAAAAAAUCAGGCUUAAAGGG